GGCGCGCGACGUAUCUCCGCGUUAUCAGCGGCCGCGGCAGCUGGCUGUGCCGGCUCCGGCGACAGUACACGGCGCGACAUGGCGCGGGCGGCCACUGCACGCACCGCCACCAAGCAGCUGGACGAUGACGCUGGCGCGGCCGCCGCCGACUCGCUCGAGGCCGCGCUGGCCCAGCUGGGACCCUUCGGCUUCUACCAGGGAUACAUGCUGAUAAUGCUGUGCAUCCCCAACCUGCUCGCCUGCAUGUACUCGCUCAACUACGUAUUCGUCGCUGACCAGGUGCCGUUUCGAUGCGUGGUACCGGAGUGCGAGGGCGUGCACCCUCAGUUUGAGAACGAGGCGGCGGCGGCCCUGCUGCCGGCCGGGGGGAGCGGCACCUGCGACCGGUACCAGCCGCUGCUACCCGACCUGUCGUCCUGCGACCGUGACUCCUUCCACCAGAAUCAAACCAUCACCUGUGACACCUUCGUCUACGAAAACUCCAACACCAUCUUUGCUGAGUUCGACCUGGCGUGCCGCGAGUGGAUGCGCACGAUGGUGGGCACCGUGCGCAACGUGGCGCUGCCCUUCGCGCUCGUCCUCACCGGCUACGUGUCGGACACAUACGGCCGCCGGACGGCGUUCUGUCUGUUCUCCGCGUUUGCGGGCGUGAUGGGCAUACUCAAAGCGUUCUCCGUCAACUACCAAAUGUACCUGGCCAUGGAGUUCUUCGAGGCCGCGCUUGGAUACGGUUUCAAUAGUGCUGGCUAUGUGAUGAUGGUGGAGAUAGCGCACCCCUCGCUGCGCGCGGUGUUCGCGUGCGCCACCGGCAUCGCGUACGGCGUCGGCGGCGUGCUGUUCGCGUGGGUGGCCUGGGGCGUGCCCUACUGGCGCCAUCUGCUCUGGACUAUCCACUCGUUGGCACUGCUGCUUCCGCUGUACUGGUUGCUCCUCGACGAGAGCCCGCGCUGGUUGCACGCCAAAGGCAACAUCGACAAGACCGCUGCCAUCAUCAGGAAAGCAGCUCAGUGGAACAAGGUAGUGGUGGACGAGACGCUGAUGGACAAGCUGCAGGAGACGAGGCGGAAGGAGGCGCAGGGCGGGGCGGAGCGCGCGUGGCUGAGCGUGGUGCGGUCGCGCGUGCUGCUGGGCCGGUUCGCGCUGUGCUGCUGGUGCUGGGCCGCGACCACGUUCGUGUACUACGGGCUCACCAUCAACUCGGUGGCGCUCGCCGGCAACAAGCACGUCAACUUCGCGCUCAACAUGUCCAUGGAGAUCGCGGCCUCCGUGCUCAUCAUGAUGGCACUCGAGCGCAUCGGGCGCAAGCUCUGCAUAUGUUUUGCGUUCCUGCUCUGUGGGGUGGCUUGUGUUUCACCUUUUUUUAUUAGUCACGAGACCACCAAUCUGGCGAUGUUCUUCAUGGGCAAGCUGUCGAUCACGUUCGCGUUCAACUCUCUGUACGUGUUCACGGCGGAGCUGUACCCCACGCACACGCGCUCGUCCGCGUUGGCCGCCUGCUCGCUCGUGGGCCGCGCCGGCUCCAUACUGGCGCCGCAGACACCCCUGCUGAGCAUGUACCUGCAAGCGACGCUGUACGGCGUCUGCAGCGUGACGGCGGCGCUGGCAGUGCUGUGUGUGCCGGAGACGCGCAGCGCCAGCCUGCCGCAGCGCGUGGCGGACGCGGAGCGCCUGCGCCCCGCGGUGCCCCAGCCGUCUCCUCUGCAAGCACCCAUGACCCCGCCGCGCCCGCGCCUCGUGUCCGCCGAUACCUGAUCCUGAAUGAUAGAUAGUGACCCUACUAGAGAGCACCCCCAGACCCACGCUGCGCGCACUGUAGCUAGAGCUCGCGGUCUGACCGCGCAGCCUGCAGCUACAGCGACAGGGGAACGUGUACUUACUACUAUUGUAUAUCACAUGAAUUCUGACUCACUGGACCUAUGCUGUGCGCGAAUGCGUGUGUGAUUGGAUUAUUUGUAGGAUGCUGCGGGAAGUGGUUGCUACAUAUUAACGCACAUCUCUGCUUCCACCAUUCGGAGAUUAAAAGCCAUCAUCGUAUCAGCCACAAAAUGUAUGUCACACUUAUAUAAAAAGAUAAUGAUGAUAUGUAACAAGAUACAAAGACGUACAGAGUAGGUACUUGGUGUGAGCGAGUGACCGGGUGACGUGUCUCAGGCGAGCUCACUCGAGUGUGACUGUCAUUAUAGACAAUCAUUUGUAUGUACAUAAGUAUAUCUAUAGUUAUAUAAGUUUGUAUUGGUGUACCAUAAAAUAAAAGGCGUGAUGUAACAAAUUUGAUUUAAUUAAAAUUAUAAAAGUCUGAAUAGCAAAAAUAUACAAAAUAUAAAAUCCCGAUUCCAACAAUAUGUACCUACUAUUUAGUACAUAAUAAUAUGUCGCAGCCAACCAGCUUAAUUAGACAUACA